AUGGCAUAUGAAAGGUCGAAUAGAGUACCUUCCAUAUUACGUGCAAACUUUCCGUAAUAUUUUAUUCGUUUGUAUAGAUAUUACAGUAGCCUGGUGUGUGAAGAUUUAUAUUUAGAAGUUAUGUUUAUAAACAGUGUUAUCAAAAAUCGGACGUUCUUAUAGUAGGAUCAACUAAGAAGUUAGCAUUAAAAGCUCGUAAAAUAUGCGUCGAUGUGUUGAAUUGUAGUGAGUAAAUUGGUGUGAGUUUCGUCUCGUCUACAAUUUCAAGGGCGAAACAGCCUCUCGACCAAUGUUGAUCUGUGGGCCACGCCGGAGUCCGAAAAAUCGUCAUUCAUUCCGUCGCCGCAACCGAACACGCCGCACGCAACAUACUACCGGCCUAAAAUAAACAAUGCCCAGCAUACCUAUCGACACCCACCAGCUGGCGUGAAUAUAUCAAACAUGUUUCUUCACGAAAAUCCCGUAAGCUUUACUAAAGCCAUGUUGUCUUACAUUUUUGUGUUAACUUUUUUAAGCUUAAGUGUAAACAGUGCAGAUGUGCCCAUAUUUCAUAAGUGUUGUCCGGAAGAUCAGAACCUUAUUAAAGUGACAGUUGAUUUAAAUAUUACUCUUGAUGUAAGAUAUGUAUGUUUAAAUGCUGAAGUAAGAGAAAAUUAUAACGUCUCCAGUGAUGUUAUCCCUCUUUUAGUGGUAAGAAGUGAAAAUGUUCAAUUUUAUAUGCCUGAGGAAUGCCAAUUAGAGUUGAUACAUACAAUUGGACCCAAUUUUGAAAUUACAACUGAUGACGAUGUUUGUUACGAUAGACUUGUGUUGGAAAUUGUAAACGAUCUAUCUAGACAGAUAGUUCCUAAAACUGUUGCAUUAGCCUGUGUCAAAAACGAAACUAGAGACACAUUGAGAUCGACUUUAACAAUAGAUCACGUUCGUAAGUGUUGUCCUGGGCGCCAGAGGUAUGAUACCGUAUAUCAUGUAUGCAGAAAUUCUGUAGAGUAUAGUAAAGAUGAUUGGUUAAUGAAGCAACUGACGAAUUAUAAUACCGAUAGCAAGAUAUAUGAAAUAGAUUUUGGACUACAUUGUAAAUCAAAUGAAUAUGCUGUAGAGUUGAGUGAAUAUAAGUAUACUAUAGAUAUCGAAGGAAGAAUGUUAAAAGUAGGUAGCAGAACUGGAACAAACAAAGACAUAAUUCCUAGUGGUGAGUGGUGUAUAGACCGUGAACAUGUUAGGGGCGACGUGGUAGCUCGAGUUUGUACAAAUGAUUGUUCUAAAUUCGAUGCAUACUGUCUGAGAAAAUGCUGCCCUGUGGGACAUCAUUUUAAACCCCGACACUGUGGUAAAUUUGCUAGUACUUGCGUACCAAACGCUGAUGACGAUGAAGCAGUGUACUUCAAUAUUUCCUCGUAUUUGGACCCUUUAAAGGAACACUACAAAGAUAUUAAAGAUACACUGGGCAUUCGCACGGGCCUUGCUUGUCCACAUGGAAGAACAGCUUUAAAUAGAUCAUCUUUAAAGGAUUAUCAGUAUCUGACACCAUCAGGAACAUUGGAUUCUGCUAUAAGUGUUGGAAAUGAUUAUUGUAUCGAAACUUUUGACACCCGCGACUGUCAGGACGAUGUCACAGUAACUGCGGUGGUCUGUUUCAUAGCACCGCCAUCGCAAUUUAAGGAUUUCCGAAUUUCUUUUGUACUCAUAAGCAUAUCGAGCGUAUGCUUGGCACUGACAUUGUUGGUGUAUUGUACCCUGCCGGAGCUGAGGAACCAGCAUGGUCGGACUCUCACAUGUCACCUGAGUAUGAUGCUGCUUGCGUAUUCAUGCCUUGCACGAGUACAGUAUGACGUCGUUGAAAAUACUCUCAUAUGUACACUACUUGGGUAUGGAAUAUAUUUCGGUUUUGUCGCUGCAUUUGCCUGGUUGAACGUCAUGUGUGUCGACAUCUGGUGGACAUUUGGCCGCACACGAUCUUUGCAGAAAGGAAAGUCACAAAGAAAUAGAUUUAUAUGGUACUCCGUAUACGCAUGGAGUAGCUCGAUUCUUCUCACACUCACAACUUUCCUGUUUGACACCUAUCCUGUUUCGCCUUUUCUAGACUCAAACAUAGGCAACGGCAUGUGUUGGUUUGGUGCUGUUCAAAACGACAAAUCCGAUUGGCCACAUUAUAUUUUCUUUGUGGCACCAAUGGGUAUAGUUACUUGUAUGAAUUUUGUAUUGUGGGUACUGACCGCACGACACUGCGCACGAGUUAAAUCUGAGAUGCACAGGUUGCAAGCCGGUUCAGCGGGAGAUCGAGCCAAACGACGCUUCAGAAUCGAUCAGGCCAAAUAUAUAUUAACUGGCAAAUUGUGGGUGGUGAUGGGUGCAGGCUGGGUUUCGGAACUGCUGUCUACCUUGACACAUGAACCGCGGUGGCUCUGGUUCGUUGUUGAUCUCUUAAAUGAACUUCAAGGCGUUUUCAUCUUCAUAAUACUCAUAUUCAAGCCGAAGCUGUACUACCUCAUUAGGAAGAGAUUGGGUUGUUCAGGAAUUCCAAUAGAUACAAGGUUGGAGAAGCCGGAUAUGAGAAAGAGUGGCCCUUCGUCCUCUGCUCGCACUUCCUCAACCUACUUGUCUCGGACCAUCAGCCAUGAGCCAAUGAGGAUAUCGUUGGCUAACAACGAAAAGGAGAAAUAGGAACGUAUAGAGCGCAAAUAUACUCACUGCCUCUCCACGUCAUAAUAAUUUGUCACGCACCUACAUAACUCACUGUGUGAUUUUUGUAUAUGACUGCGCACAUGUUUUCUAAUAUUUGUAUUAUUUUGUUAUCGUUAAUUGAUAACAUAAUCUAAUGGUAGCAUGAGUUAGUAGUUUAACUUAUUUUGACGCUCACAUAAUUUUUCUUGUGCACUUAGAAUCCUAUUUUUUAUAUAAAUGUUACUGCACUUGUAUUGCAGGAAGAAGAACUUAUCUAGUCCUAGAUUAACUCCUCUAUUCAUGAAACCGUCAAACUGAUAAACUUAUUUUAGCUACUGGACUGUUAUGUUUUAAAUAAUUUGAAUUAUUUUCUUAAUACUUAGUUAAAAUAGGUUCGAAAAAGCAUUUAGUUUUCAUGAAUAAGACAGUAGUUUUAUAUGUAUCUUUGUUACAUUUAUUUGUCCUGUAUUUAUUAUGAAGUAUAAAUUAACAGUAAUUAAAAGGAAAUAUUGCAUUUUUUAUUAUCUCAUUACAUAGUUAAGUUAGAAUAAGUAUAAUUAAUAGGUAGUAUUUAAGAACUUUUAUCUCAGUGCAAGUGUAAGAAAAGGAUUAUUGUUGCUACUUAUAUUAAAAACAUGUGAUUUAUGAAAUGUUAUAUGUUGCUUCAAGUAUACGAAGAUUAAGUGUGAUGUCCAUUUUAAUUUUCAUAUCGUUCCAAAUAUUUUUUAAGUACCUUUUUAAAGAAAAGAAUAUAAAUAUAUUCAAUUAAAAUAAUUUUUGUUAUCUAAUAUAGUUUCUAUUGGUAGAUAAUACAAAUUAAUAAAUAGAACAUAUUGGUAAAAAAGACAUAAUAUUUUAUUCGUAACUUAUUUUUAUUUAGUUAAUUUUAUUUCAAAAUUUUGCUAUGGCUAUUUUAUUUUUAUGCUAAAUCUCGCAUUAGAGGUAUUGAUAGUAAUUUGUAUUUACUCGCAUAUAUAUUAGACAGUAUAUAUUUUAUAAUGUAUUCUACUAUGUGUCUAUUAGUAAUAAUCACCAGGUGUAUUAAAUAACAUGU